GUUUGGGGGAAACCUGGGUACACAUCGGUGUGCCUCUCUUAUUCUCACAACCUCCAGGCGUCUCAUUCUGUGUUGCGCCUCUGCUCUCAACUUCUUUUUUAAUACUGAUUACAACUCCUCAGCAACUCUCACUUUUUAUUCCCUGGCAGCGGAGAGAUGUUCCCUGGAAGGAGGUUACACCCCAGCUGAACAUUUUUACCUUGGACAGUUUAGGAGUCAGGCUGAUAACUUCUCGGAGAGUUUAUGAAUGAGGAGCAUUUGGUGGAGACUUUUACGCAUCGAGUUGAGUGACGUCCGUUGAGAUGUUUUAAAAGAAAACUUUUUAUUUGCAAGUGUCACGUCCAAAUCCUCAUUCGUCCCUUUUCUUCAAUGGCAAGAGAGCGUUUUAAAUAGAUUCUGACUGAUCGUCUCUCUUGAGAGAAACUUUGGUGAACUUCAGCAACAGCGAACUUGAUUUGAUUUCGGCUCUCAUUACUUGUUUUUCUUCUUUUUAUUAUUAUUAUUAUUAUUAUUAUUAUUAUUCUACCACACAGUCUAACGGCCGCUCGACCUUUUUCGGGAUCAUUACUUCCACAACGUCUACUCCCCUCGCGGAUUUUCAAUUAACUUCGGGUUGGAAGUAACUUAAGUGGAUAACAUGCCUCCGAUCGGACCGGAGAAGCGAUCUGCGCUCUGCCGGGGUUUGGCUCUGGUUUUUGCGCUUCUGGUGUGCGCUGCUUCGGUGACUGGAUGCCCGCACAAGUGCAGCUGCUCCGGGUCGCAUGUGGACUGCCAGGGUCUGGGUUUGAAGACUGUGCCUAAAGGAAUACCGAGGAAUGCCGAGCGCCUGGAUUUGAACAGAAACAACAUCACCAGGAUCACUAAAGUGGACUUCUCUGGCCUCAAGAACCUCAGGAUUCUUCAUCUGGAGGACAACCAAAUCAGUGUUGUCGAGAGAGGAGCCUUCCAAGACCUCAGACUGCUGGAGAGACUUCGCCUGAACAGAAACAAACUCCAGUUCCUCCCAGAGCUUCUUUUCCAGUCCAACCCCAAACUAGGCCGGCUAGACCUCAGCGAGAACCAGAUUCAGGCGGUUCCAAGGAAAGCUUUCAGAGGAAUCACAAGUGUCAAGAACCUGCAACUGGACAGCAACCACAUCAGCUGCAUCGAAGAUGGAGCUUUCCGAGCGCUGCGCGAUCUGGAGAUUCUCACCCUCAACAACAACAACAUCACCCUCAUCCCGCUGUCCAGUUUCAACCACAUGCCCAAGCUGCGGACACUGCGUCUGCACUCUAACAACCUCCACUGUGACUGCCACCUGUCCUGGCUCUCUGAUUGGCUCAGAGCCAGACGGGGCUUGGCUCCUUUCACCCAAUGCAUGGCCCCCGCCCACAUGAGGGGCCUCAAUGUCCCAGAUGUGCAGAAGAAGGAUUUUGUCUGCAAUGGUCCAGCACAGACAGAGUCGAGGGCUUGUGUUCCUCUGGUAGCCGUGUGUCCACCCAGCUGCAGCUGUAACAACAACAUUGUGGACUGUCGUCGUAAAGGCCUCACUGAAAUACCAGCUAACCUCCCUGAGGGCAUCGUGGAAAUUCGCUUGGAACAGAACUUAAUUAAAAGUGUCCCAGCAGGAGCCUUUUCUGCCUACAAGAAACUCAAGAGGAUUGACUUGAGUAAGAACCAGAUUUCUGACAUUGCUGAUGACGCUUUCAGCGGCCUCCGCUCACUCACCUCACUGGUGUUGUACGGCAACAAGAUCACAGAGCUGCCCAAGGGAUUGUUUGAUGGACUGGUUUCCCUGCAGCUACUGCUGCUGAAUGCCAACAAAAUUAACUGUUUGAGAGUCAACACCUUCCAAGACCUGCAGAACCUCAACCUGCUGUCGCUGUACGACAACAAACUGCAAACAAUCAGCAAAGGACUGUUCGCCCCUCUGCGCUCCAUCAAGACUCUUCAUCUGGCCCAGAAUCCCUUUAUGUGCGACUGUCACCUGAAGUGGCUGGCAGACUACCUGUUUGACAACCCUAUUGAGACCAGUGGAGCGCGUUGCAGCCACCCCAGAAGAUUGGCCAACAAGCGCAUCAGCCAGGUUAAAGGCAAGAAGUUCAGGUGCACAGGUCAGGAGGACUAUCGUAGUCGUCUGAGUGGGGAGUGUUUCCAGGAUCUGGUUUGUCCAGAGAAAUGUCGAUGUGAAGGCACAGUGGUCGACUGCUCCAAUCUCAAACUGACCCGUGUACCUCCACACAUCCCCGAACACACCACAGACCUGCGGUUAAAUGACAAUGAGAUAGUCAUCCUGGAGGCUACAGGGACGUUUAAGAAGCUGCCUAACUUGAAGAAGAUCAACUUGAGUAACAACAAGCUGAGGGACAUCCGUGACGGUGCGUUUGAUGGAGCGGGUGGAGUUUUAGAGCUGCUGCUGACAGGGAACAAGCUAACUGGACUGCAGGGACGCAUGUUUAAAGGCCUCAUUGGCCUGAAAACUCUAAUGAUGCGGAGCAACCAGAUCAGCUGCAUUGACAACAGUACCUUUACGGGUCUGAGCUCAGUGCGUCUGCUGUCGCUGUAUGACAACAGGAUCUCCAGCAUUGCCCCAGGAGCCUUCUCCACUCUGCACUCCCUGUCCACCAUUAACCUCCUGUCCAACCCAUAUGUGUGUGAUUGUCAUUUGGCCUGGCUGGGUCAGUGGCUGAAGAAGACCAGGGUGGUCAGUGGAAACCCUCGCUGUCAGAAGCCAGCCUUCCUGAAGGAGAUCCCCAUCCAGGAUGUGGCCACCCCAGACUUCACAUGCGAUGGUGUUGAGGAUAAUGGUUGUCUUCCUACAUCUGGUUGUCCUGACGUCUGCACGUGCACAGACGGCGUGGUGCGAUGCAGCAACAGAGGGCUGCACUCUCUGCCCAAGGGCAUUCCCAAGGACACCACAGAGCUUUACCUGGAGGGUAAUAUGCUGACAUCUGUGCCCAAGGAGCUGCCAGGCCUAAAGCAACUGUCACUGGUGGACCUGAGCAACAACAGCAUCAGCACAUUGGCCCCCUUCACCUUCAGCAACAUGACUCAACUAGCCACACUCAUCCUGAGUUAUAACCAGAUUCGCUGCAUCCCGGUCCAUGCCUUUGACGGGCUCAAGUCACUUCGCCUGCUCACUCUCCAUGGUAACAACCUUUCAACAAUACCAGAAGGAGCUUUCAACCACCUCACCGCUUUGUCCCACCUGGCACUUGGUGCCAACCCCCUGUACUGUAACUGUGACCUGCGCUGGCUCUCUCAGUGGGUCAAGGCUGGCUUCAAAGAGCCUGGCAUUGCUCGUUGCACUGGACCUCCUGACAUGGCUGACAGGCUACUGCUCACCACACCACUCAACAGAUUUCAGUGUAAAGGUCCAAUAGAUAUCAGCCUGAUGUCGAAGUGUGCCCCCUGCCUGGCAGCACCCUGCCAAAACAAUGGUACCUGUGUUUCCGAUGCUACGGGAUUUUACCAUUGCACUUGCCCGUAUGGAUUCAAGGGUCAAAACUGUGAAAUACCCAUCAAUGCCUGUAUCAGUUUCCCCUGCUCUAAUGGAGGAACCUGCCACAUCCAGCCUGGCCAUGAAGACCACUUCAGCUGUGUGUGUCCACCAGGUUUUGAGGGCCAACGUUGCGAGACAAACCCAGACGACUGUGAAGACAACGACUGUGAGAACAACUCCACCUGCAUCGAUGGAGUCAACAACUACACCUGCGUCUGUCCACCCAACUACACAGGUGACUUGUGCGACGAGGUGGUUGACCCUUGUCUCCAUGGUUUCGACCCCUGCCAGCACGACUCAAAGUGUGUCCAUGCUGGCCGGACUUACAGGUGCGAGUGUUUACCGGGCUAUGUGGGGCAACACUGUGAGCAGGACUAUAAUGACUGCCUGGAGAAUAAGUGUCAACACGGAGCAGAGUGUGUGGACGCUGUCAACGGCUAUACCUGCGUCUGUAAAGAGGGUUUCAGCGGGCUGUUCUGUGAGAACCCUCCACCAAUGAUCUUGCUGCAGACCAGCCCCUGCGACCAAUCGGACUGCCAGAACGGCGCCCAGUGCCUGGUGGUUGCUGGGGAGCCUGUCUGCCGCUGCAUGCCCGGUUUCUACGGCAACAAAUGUGACAAGAUGGCCACUGUUCACUUCCUGGGUCGGGACGGGUACGUGGAGCUGCCAAGCGCAAAGCUUCGUCCCACGGCACAUAUUUCAUUACAGGUGGCUUCAGAUAAAGACAACGGUAUUUUGUUGUAUAAGGAGGACCACGACCCCCUGGCACUGGAGCUGUACCAGGGACACAUACGACUCAUCUAUGACAUCGCCAACUACCCACCCACCACUGUAUAUAGCAUAGAGUCGGUGAAUGACGGCCUUUUCCACACGGUUGAGCUGUUGAUUCAGAACCGUUCACUGAGCCUGGUUGUGGAUAACGGUGCCCCCAAGAGCCUGGGAAAGCUGGCACGCCAGCCCUCCGUUGACCACAACACCCAACUUUACAUAGGAGGCGUACCAUCUCAGGUGGUGGCCUCAGGUCUACGACCCAGCCCUGAACGUUUCCCUCAGGCUUUUAAUGGAUGCAUCCACAAUGUCCGAAUCAACGGUGAGCCUCAAGACCUGAGUUACCGAGUCGCAGGAGUGCGACCACAUGGGGUCGACAGCAAGGGUGAGGGCAUUCUUGCUGGGUGCCAUUCCUGCAGUGUGUGUGCCCAGGGUGCGUGCAGGGAGGGAGGAGAAACGGGGGUAACAUGUGAUUGUCCUCCAGGCCGCACCGGGGCCUUGUGUGACCAGACAACAGCACCCAACGCCUGUCAGAACAGCAGAUGUGUUCAUGGUCUGUGUGUGCCGAAGGGUCAGUCCUACAGUUGCCAGUGCAGUGAAGGCUACCAGGGUCAGUAUUGCGAUCGACGGCAGGAGCCUCCAGCCUGCAGGGGGCAGCGCUGCGGACACGGGGAGUGUCGUGUGUCAGAGGGAGGCGAGCCGGUCUGCCACUGUCAGCCAGGCUACACCGGGCUUACCUGUGACACAGAGCUUACAUGUCAAGGAGAGAUGGUGAGGGAGCAGCUGAAGCGCCACCACCCAAUGAGAACAUGCACGUCCACGACCAAGAUUCCCCGCAUGGAUUGUCCCCGAUCCUGCCAGGCAGCAGCACCUCCAGGUGUUUGCUGUGGCGUCACAAAAAGCAGAAGGAGGAAGGCGGUUUUCCGCUGCACCGACGGCACCUCGUACUCCGAGGAGAUGGAAACUGCUCUGGAGUGCGGCUGCUCCAAGUGCCCGUUGUAACAGCACCGCAGUUUGUUAAGUUUGUUUUGCAACACCCACCGCUGCCAUUUUGUGAAUUCUACACGUCAACAAGGCUGUCGCUCUGAGAUUUGUCCACGUUGAAAAGCUCCAUCAUUAUGUGAUUUUAUUUACACAUUCAGUUUGACUGCCGCCAAUUUGCUGCCAAGAGAAACCACAAACGAAAACAAAAAUGGGACAUGUGUGCGUGUUUUUUGACAGAGAGAAAAUAUAUUGUAAGAUAUAAGUGAGAAAAAACAUAGAACUUAUUUUUAUUAUGGAUUUUUUUUUCUAAAAGAUGAUAAAAGGACUGAUAAGUUGUGUUUUUUAAUAUGUUGAUUAUAUAAUGUGUUACAUAAUAUGGAAAGUUAUUUUGUACCUUGAAAGAAGAAGAAAUACACAGCAAAAUAGAUUAACAUUCCUUAAAAGUAUAUGAAUUUAUAUGUAUGUAUAAAUCUAUAUAAAUAUAUACCCUAACCCAAUGAAUUCUAUAUUUUCAAAGUGUAUUUGCAUGAUGUUAAUCUGAGUGCUGAUUAUUGGGAGGCUUUGGACACUGAGAGAGGAGGGCUGAGAGAGAAGAUUCCACAACAAGGAAAAGUUGGCAGUCUUUGGUAGCCCUCCCUCUCGGAGAGAAAAGGGAACUGUGUGUGCCUAGCUAACCUGCUUCACUAUAUAAUGGACAUCAUCCUCACAUGUGAGUUCUUUGAGAAACCAUAAAAGACUCUUUACACGGAGAUGAUUCAACACAUUGUUCUAAUGUUGCGUUAUUCUUUAGUUUGCUGUUGCACACCAGACUUGGAGCCACAUGAGGUUUGACAUGAAAAUCUGAAAGAAAUGUGCUCAUUUAUUAAGAAUUAAACAUUAUAAAUGAGAAAUUCACAUUCAAAUCAACAAUAGGGGAAUCAUACUGUAAAUCCAGCAUAAUGCUGAGUAUACACCUAUUAGCUGCUGAGAUUUAAAAUUAGUUUUAAAAAAGAUACCAAGGAAUCCCUGAUGAGUGAUGAGAGCUCUCAGCACAGGUUCAGAACCCGAAAACCAUUUAUAAUCAAACUAUCAUUUUUUUUUAAAGAGUAACUUAAUUCCAUGCUGAAAAAAAGUGUUUGACUGCAUCCUGUGGCUGAAUGUUUUGCAUCACUGCUGGGUGUAGUCAGUUGUAAUCAGAAGAGUGCUUUGUUGCACCUGUAACCACCCCCAACAGUGAUGCUGCGGUGCGCUGACACACCCAGGGAUACGUUUCUACAUCACUGCAGCAAGGUUUCUGUAGAAGUAAUAAUCUUGAAGAUUUUGAAUUAAAUAAAUGUCUGUUAAGUCACUAUCACCGAAUCAGGUAACACAACGGUGAAUAACCCUAUAUGGCCCACUGAUGACAGUCCUUGCGUUUGCAGUACUACGAACUGGGUGCCUGUGGCGAUCACAAGCGGCGCACAGUUAGUGGCGUGUUUUCCAUCACCCAGAAGUGGUUGGUCCGCCAGAGAGGGUCUCUCUUAAACCCAUUUGUGUGUGAAGCCGCAUACUGUUUUUUUUUCCAGUUUCUGCUAGUGUUGUGAAUACAUGGUUACUAUGACUGAACAAAUAAAGAAAAGAGUGAUGACUACAGACAAUGGAACUUCAAAAACAAGUGAAAGUGAGAUCUAAAAACACACAUGCAAUUACCGUGUGUUGCCAUAGGUGCUGCCAAAGAGAACAAAACAGAGAAGUUUGAGAUUGUAACUUUAAACCACUGGAGUAAAAACAGCAGAAACAACAUUUUCAGCUGGUUUAAGUUGCUCUCCAAAUGGCUGCUCAACAUGAGUUGAUUUUCUGACUGGGCAAGGGAAGCCAUUUUGCAUAAAGCCAUUAUGCAAAUCAACAGUCAAGUGUAUUUGCCUUAACAGAUAAGUACGUCAAAAAGGAAACAGAAAUUGUUGAGUUUACUUCAAGUGCCUUGGUGUACUUAUUUUGAAAUUUAAAACUGUUGCUGCAAAAUUGUCAACAGCUGCUACUCAAUGUUUGAUGCAGACUCGUGUCCAUGACAACAUAAUCAAAUUCCUAUGGUGGCCUUUCUUAGUUCCCAAAGUAAAUGAUGCUUACAUUAAAUAAAUACCCAUUUCUCCUAAGCAGGUUGUGUGUGCAGGCCCUAUGAAAUUCCAGAGCAGUUAAAACAAUUUAAUUGGGUCAAAAACAAGAAAAGCCUUAAUCAUGCCCCAGUCCUUUUAGUAUGAAUUAUUUGAUAAUAUUAGCAUCACGUUUCAUGUGAAAUUGCAGCAUCAUUAAGAACCCUUUGUUUAAUGUGUGAUGAUUUCAGUGUGUUAUAUGAUAACAUUAUAUAAUGCAGGUCUGAUUGUUUGAUGUAUUUGAGGUGCAUACAGAAAAACACACAUUUCCAUGAAGCAUUUACUUCAGAUAAGUUUAAGGUGAAGCUUUUUGAUAAUUUGUUAAUUAUUUUUUUCCACUGUGACAGUGUUGUGACAGUGUUGGGUGGAGGUUAAAUAAGUGGCUUGCAGUCAUUGACCAAAAGACAGUGUGCUCCAGUCUGAUCACAGCAAACCUCCACACGACGACUCAGUUGCCUGCUGAGUCAAAGUGGCUUCUGUAACUUUGUCACUGUUUUGGACCAAGGUACCACAACACAGCUGAAAAACUCCAACAUCAGUACGGCUUUUAACCGCCUAUAGAUGACUAACAUGAUUAAAAGUAUAGCAAAAGACUAUAAUGUAACUACUACUGUAUUGUUUACUUUAUACAUUGUUGCUUUGUUUACAACCGGUGCAAAGUAUUGUCACACCUUUACAGUUAAUUCACAGCUGUACUAUUCUGGGUUUGAGACAUAUCAGUAUUAUCCUUAUCUGUCAAUGUCACAGUUUUCUAAACCUGCUGUUCUUUUUAUAAGAUCCUCUGUCUCACUACAUUCUCCAUGCCUUUCACUCCCUGCUUUUAUCAGCCUUUUUCUUUGUGUCUGUCCAAGAUGUCUCCUGUAUUUGCCUCAGCCAUUCAUCUUCACCAUCUCUUUCCCUUCCCUUUCUUUCAUUCUUUGCUCCCAUUCCUGUUUUCACAACUAUUUGAGCUUUUAUCUUUUGCCACCUUCUCUUUGCUCUGUUCAUCCCUUCUUUACCUGAUCCUAAAGAUUUAGUUCUUCAUUGUGAACAGAAUCAAACACCUUAGUUAUUAGUUAUUUACAAUAAAAUAACCGUAAAGUCAGUAAUUUCCAUUUUCCAGGUCUUAGGUUAAAAAAAAACAAACAUGAAUAUGUGAGUGAUAAUUGAUACUUAUGUUGAAUGUUCAAAUUAAACUACGAUUGAAAGUC